AUGAGCACGGGGCAGGGAGAUUACGCUGGCCAAAAGCCCGUCGGGGGCGGUGGCGGUCUAUGGAGGGAAGGGUCUUGCUGCCAACGGGGUCCCCACGCACCCCGCGGCAGGAGCCCCAGGGCUGGUCCCACCACAACCGUGUCUCCUCAGGCUCGGCCUCGGGAGGCAGCGGCAGACGGCGGCCCCGACAAAGCGCUGGCGUUUUUCCACCACCCCGUCAGGCUGCUGUGGCCCAGAUCCAAGUCCUUUGACUAUCUGUAUGCCGUGGGGGAGAAGCUGCUGCAGAACUUCCCCGUGCAGGCAACCCUCUGCCUCUACGAAGACUCGGGCAGUGAGGAGGAUGAAGAAGAGGAGGAUGAAGAGGAGGAGGAAGAAGAGGAGGAAGAGGCAGGGGCCAUGCCUGCAGGCUCCCCGCCGCAUGCAGGCAGUGCUGCCAGGCCGGCGUGA